GCAUUUUUUAUAUUUCGUGUACGGAUUUUUUGACAUACAACUUAGAAUGUUUUGUUCAAAUUGAAGAUUCUGAUGUGGAACGAAAAAUGAGCUAUUUCUGAGGUUACUGUGACGCAUUGACUAAAGAAGAUGUCGAGUCUGCGGCAGAGAUUAGAGGAACAGGAACAGCCAUACAGGGACUGUUAUGAUCUGUACAAGGACACCCUCUCAACCAUCACUGACCAACCUGAAAACUUCAACACUAUUACACUAACCAUGUUAAAAAAUCAAAUAAACGAUCAAAGCGUAAAUACCAUAAAAGAAGCAAUUCAAAAACGGAUGUUAGAUUUAAAAUCAUCUGCAGCACUGUGUCCUCCUGGGCCCAGAAGGGAUUCACCUGUAUGGUCCGAGAACCCGACAGGUGCAGCACUGUGUCCUCCCGAGCCCAGAAGGGAUUCACCUGUAUGGUCCGAGAAUCCGACAGGUGCAGCACUGUGUCCUCCCGGGCCCAGAAGGGAUUCACCUGUAUGGUCCGAGAAUUCGACAGGUGCAGCAAACGAUGUAGACCUCUCUGACAGCAUGUUGUCCACUGACACCUCAUUUGAUUUCUCUCCCGUAACGUCGUCAUUUGACUCAGCAAAUGUAUCCCCGAAUCUUGCGCCAUCUAAAUCCAGAACACUUCGUGUACUCAUUGCAGGCGACAUAAAUGCGGGGAAGACAAGUGUCUUGAAUUUGUUUCUGGGCGAUGAGUAUCUGCCGGUGUCCAGUACUAAGUGUACGACUGUUCCGUGUGAGGUUCAUAACAGCACCGAGCGAUAUGCUCUGGUGUAUUACCAAGAUGGCACUCAAAACGAAGAAAUAAAGCUGCCAUUAAACAACCGCGACUAUAGAUGGGAAGCUGUUCGCAAGCUAGUUUACUCUGGAGAGUUAAAUGGGAAACCUGUCCGGAGACUACUGUUGUUCUGGCCGCUGCGUUUCUUUGAUAAUCAAGUGUCCGAUGAGUUUGGUCCUGAAUCAGGAUUAGGAAGUUUGGCGGACACUGAUCCCCAUCAAACACAUGUGAAACAGGUAGACAGUGCGGGAAACGCUGAGCCCUUACCGAUAGUGUUCCUUGACCUCCCGGGUUUGUCGGAUAACGAAUUUGGAGUAUCAAAAAUCCUGGAAAACAUUCCAAACUUUCACCUUUUUAUCUUCCUCAUCGAUAUUGGGGGAGAGCCUGUCAGAAAAACGUUCGAAAACAUGUUGGAAAAUGUGAAAAAGGAGAUUACGAGGCAUGGUAUUGAUUUCAACCCAGAGAGCGCUCUUUUCCUCCUGAACCGCUCCGAUCUACAUCGACCCGCUCCGUGUGAAGAACUUGUAGAAAAUGCCGUUCUGUCAGCGAUCCAGCCGAAAUGGCCCAUGGUUGGUGAAGAACAGCUGCAUCGUCUCUCUUGUACGAAGAUAAAGUCUGGAGAAGAGAGCAUGGAACCUUUCAAGAGAAAGAUUCGGGACUUCAUGGAAGCUGCUCAUCGGGUGAAUUUAGAAGAACACUAUUUGUGGCUCAUCAAUUUACUGGAGGUCAUUAACGCGUUCUUUGACACGAGCGUUAACUGGUUGCCAUAUAAUAUGAGUCUCCAAAAAAUAAAGGACUACGCAGAGCAGGACAAUGGUUUCCUUGAGAAAGAACUGGGCAUAAUAGAGGAUAAGAACUCUUCUUUUUAUAAACACAUAAUGGAAGAAGCAAAAAAGAGCCAGGGCAAGCUCAGAGAACACAUUAAACAGCAAAUUGGUGGCAGUACUACUGACUUAGCCCAAAGGCUGAGGUCGGUGACAAAGGACAAAGAAGAACAAACGAUUAGGGAGGAUUUCGAUUCCGAGCUGAAAACCUUUCUUGAUCAGCAUAGAACACGACUAAAGAAAAACGUGAAACUUGUGGAAUGUUUGGAGCAGCAGUGUCAACAAACUUUGAACAUGAAUGACGUACUGAAUACCAUAGCAACACUUGUUACUAUACCAUUGGCAUCCAUCUUUCUAUUUGGGAGAAGCUUGACAGAAGAAAUUGAGAUUGCCGUUUCUGACCCAAUAAACCACAAAAUAUCACAACGAACAGAAUACUUUUUUCAGCAAGCACAGGCUGCGAUUGAACAGGAAACCAACUUUAUAAUUUCACAGCAACAAAUCAGACAGGAGAUUCUAUCGUUUGAGUUCAAGCAAAACAGAAGCAGGGAGGAACGAAAACUGGUAAAAUUCGAUGCAUCUUUGAAAAAACUUUGGGAAAUUUAUACUCAGAAGGUGUUAAAGCACAAAUUUUUAUUUGACGAAUUUCAGCGUGUCACUGGUGAAGAAGGUCAGCGUGUCAUUCAUGGAGUAAGCGCAACUGUAGACGUUGUACAGGUUACAAACAACUCAAGUACCAAAGUUCUUGCAAGGAAACGCGUGAAAUCAGUACUGCAUAAUGGUGGACCAAUGCUUACAUGUCUUCCACAGAACCACAACGUCUACAGAGAACUUGUCAUUAUGAGGUCACUGUCUAGAAAGGACAGUAAAAACUGUGUGAUGUUCCGAGGGUCUUCGUCUUGGAUCGAAGGAGGCGAGCAGAUAUUGGCCAUUCUGAUGGAUAAAGCUGAUAAGAAUUUGGAUGAAGUCAUCAUGGAUCUAGAAAGAAGCCAAAUCGGCUGGGAGAAGCGACUACAGUUUGCCCUCGGUGCUGCAAGAGGAUUGGAAUAUUUACAUCGGAAUGGGUACAUCCACCAGGAAGUCAAACCUCGUCAUUUUUUAGUUUACCGAAACCAGGACAGUGGAGAAGAUAUUGUAAAAAUCUGUGAUUUUGGACACGUGAAAGAAGAAUUCGUACCCGUCACAACAGCGUCAGAUCAAAGAAACGCGGCGUAUUAUGCUCCCGAACUUUUCGGACAAGCAGCAAGACAUAGCACCAUGUCUGACGUAUACAGCCUCGGUCUGGUGAUCUGGGAACUGUGGCAUUGUAGGAAAAUCACGUGCAAUCCUGGUGAACCUCCAUCCAUUCGAGAGGUGUCGAAAGGGGAGUUCAAGGCGGUUAUCAAAAGUUGCCUUGAGGUACAGCCGAACAAGAGACCGAACAGUCGCAAGGUAGUUCAAAUCCUCAGUAGCCUUGUUGGUUCACAAUGACUGAUACCGAUGUUGCCGACUCUGACUGAAUAUUAAGCUGUUUGAAAUCGAACCAUCGGUUGCGAGUGACUCUUAAGAAGUUGAGAGGAAAUCUCACAGAUUUUCUCUUACAUAUCAUGAUAUUUAGGAAUUAGCUAGUCUAUCGUAUUAUCUGAUCUACCUGGAUCGUUUAGCUGGUCUAUUGUAUUAUCUGGUCUACUUGGAUCGUUUAGCUAGUCUAUUGUAUUAUCUGGUCUACUUGGAUCGUUUAGCUGGUCUGUUUGGAAUGUUCAACUGAUCCAUUCAGAGAAACCAGCUGACUAAAUGGAAACAAGCGUAGAAUGUAUCUUGAUAUUUUCCCUUACAAAUCAUCGCUUGUGAAAGACAUGAUAGUUUUGAUGAAUGAGCUAGUCUUUUAUAUUAUUUGGUCAAUAUGAAAGAUUAAUCUGGUCUAUUUGGAGUGUUUUGCUGGUCCGUUCGGAGUAACUAGCUGACCAACUGGGAACAAGCCAAAGAAGGCAGAGAUUUUCCCUUAUAUAUCAUGACUAUCGCUUGUGAAAGACAUGAUAGUUUGGAUGAACUAGCUAGUCUAUUAUAUCAUCUGGUUAAUUUGGAAGAAUAAACUGGUUUAUACGAUAUAAUAGUCUGGUCUAUUUGCCGGAGUAUUUAGCUGGUCUAUUUGGAGUAACUAGCUGACCAACUGGAAACGAGCCAAAGAAGGCAGAGACGCCUAGCGGUCAGUCUUGUGUACUUGUUGCUUUAUUUUAUAUUUUCCUUCAUAAAAACUUGUUUCUUUGUUAUC